ACAACCUUAUCGUUUUAAUUAAUGUAAAUAUAAAAUUAUGUGAAUUCAGCUAAACAAAGUGAAGAUAUUUACGAAUUUUUUUAUCAUUUUUAUAUGAUAAAAAUUUAAUGUUUAUCGUAUCUUCUUUAUUUUUUUAGAUAGGAAUAGAAUCCCAAGAAUAUAACUGAUAGAUAGAUUCGUAUUUUAAGUGAAAUAUUUUAAAAUGGAAACUGAAAAUGAAAAAAUUAUUCGGAAUAUGUAUAACACAGUUUUUGAACCCCUAACUUUUUUUAAAGAAGUUGACUGGACUGAACCAUGGUUGAUAGGUCUUAUGAUGUUUCAUAUUUUGAUCAUAUCCGUAACUGUAGUAACUCGCCAUCACACAAAUCUACAAGGAAUAUUUUUCAUGUUUUUAUUGGUACUUGUGCUUUCAUCCCGGUAUAUCAAUGAAAUGGCUGCCACUAAUUGGAAAUAUUUCGCUCGACAGCAAUAUUUUGAUAGUAAUGGAAUGUUUAUAUCGAUAGUCUUUUCGUCACCACUUUUAAUUAACUGCUUGGUUAUGCUUGGGCGCUGGCUGUACAUCAGUGGCUGUAUGACCAUCAAAAUUAAACAGGCCCAACUACGAGAAAGAGUGCGGGCUGAAAGUCGUCUUAGGAGACAAACAGGUGAAUCUGAUCGGAGCCACAGGAGAGUUUCUCGAUCUAGUAGCAAACCCGAGCAGCUUGCCCCUGAAUCUGAUCAAAACCAUCAUAAGAAAGAAUAAGCGAUACUUUCUUGUUUUGUACAGUUAUCAAUUUGUAGUCCCAAGGAGAAAGUAUGUGAAAAUAUAUACAUGUUGGCAAAUAUAUUUUAAAUGACACAUUGCCAUUUUAUUUUUGUGUAUGUGUGAAUGAACUGAUAGCAUACAUUUGUAGUGAGCACGGAAUAGUUAUUUAGUGAUUUUUGUGUUAUAUCUUUGUAUAAAGAAUGUUACUCAUGUUUGUAUGUUUAGGUAACCAAUCUGAUUAAAAAUCCAAUUUGAUUACAGUAAAAAUUUUGUUGAAACUUUUUUUUCUCGAAUCUCUAUGGAUAAAUUACUCAUAUAAAUAAUGUUUUGUUUUCAUUUCUUAUGUCCAGAAAAAAGAGAAAAAAGAAAAUUUCAUAUUUGCAAAUUAUGUUAUCAUAAACAAUGAUCUCUAACUAUUUUUUUAAAUGCUAAUUGUUUGAAUAGUUUAACAUUCCAUGGAUUUUUUUUAAAAAUCUCAUUUGGCAUAUUUAUUCUGGAGUAAAUUGGUGUUUAAAUAUAAUGGUAUAGUAAUUUCUUUGUUACACGAAAUCAUUUUAUUAGGAAAAUGCUAAAAGUUGCUGUAUGUAUUUGAUUUUAUCUUGUUAUUUUCAAUGAAAUUUUUUUGUGCUAAUAUUUAACAAUCAUUUAAGCUUUACGGAGUAAAAAGCUGUGAAGUUAUUUGCCAAUAUUUAUAGUGAUACAUUUCUGUGUUUUUGUUCUUAGGAUUAAUAAUAAAUUUUGCAAAUGUUUCUAAUCUGUGUAAUGUCAUUCACUUUUUAUUGUGUACGUAGAAACUUUGUUCCUGUCAUUAGUUCAUAUCUUACAUGAUACUAAAGCCAUGCUUAAUUUCUUAGUUAUUGAAUUGUAAUUGUUAUUUUUUCUCGUAAACCUGGAAUUCACCAAAGCCUUUUUCUAGACCCUGUCUGAAAAAAUUAAAAUAAAUACAAAUGAAAAAAGUGUCAGAAGAGAAUUUUUUUACUGCUGAAUUCUGUGUAGCUCACAGCUUUUCUCGGAUAAUUUGAUUGAAACUUAACCAAUACAUUUUGCAAAUUUUAUUCACAGCAAAGACUUGACUGAUUUUUUUCCCUCGUGUAUUUAUAAAACUAUAUGAAAUCGGAAAAGCAGGAGAGAAAUUUUCCAGCACCAAAGAUGUAUAGGUAAAAAAAGUUUAUAAUUUCAAAAUUGGAACAACCUUUGCAUUAACUCUAGUAAGGAAUUAUGCUCUCUGUGUAAUAAGGUUAAAGUUAUUUUGUUCAGAAAUAGAAACAUCUUUUUCUCUCUUUUGACCUAAAAAUUUAUCGUAAUAACUUCCUUUAAGUUAUUAUGGUGAUUUAUUUAAUCUUGUAACAACGAUUAAUUAGAUUUAUUUGCAUUAAGUUCUUUUUUUUAAUUUUUUGCACCCAUAAAAGAAUAUUAGUCAUUCAGAAUUUCAAAUAGUAAUUGCUUAAGAUUGUACUUUUAUGAUUUAUGCAGCUUAAUUUUAAUAUCGUCUCCCAACAUUUUUUUAAUUUUUGUGGGUAGUUAUUCAAAAUUGGCAAAAAAGAAAUCGGUAUAAUUAAUUUUCGAUGGAUAACAACUGCUGUUCCAUACUCCCUUUUUUCCUUGUAACAGCUUUUUGAUAUUGUUGGAAAUUGUGAUGGUUUAAAAUCUAUAUAAACUUGAUUAACUAUAUGUGUGAUAUACAUGUUAUUUUGUUGAUUUAUGUUUCACAUCAUAUUUACCACUGUGAUUUUAUAUUUUAAUAGUUGUGUAGAUGUUUAAUUAGUUUCCUUUUGUUCAUAUGUUAUUCAUUAUUAUAUAUAGAUUUUUUUUUCUGAUCUUUUGUGUUUAUUCUUUUGUAAAGUUUACAUUUAGAAGUUGCGAAUAAUUCAAUCCCUAUAUACUAACUGUAAAAGUGUAUUAAAUUAAUCAAAUCGUAGUAAUUUAUAAUAUAUUUUGAAAGUAAUAAAUUUGUUUAAUCCCACUAAUUUUUACUAAAAUUAUUUUUUAAUUAAAUAUAUUACAAACAAAAAGUAGUUUUUUUUGCCAUCACCUAAUUAGCUUUUAUUACUUUUUGCGUAAUACUGUUAACAGUUGUGACACUAUAAAAAUUUUUAGCAUAUUUAGAUCAGGGUUUUAAAUAAAAAUCUUUUUCAUGCAUACAAUGAUUGUUUGUAUGUACAAUUAUACUUUUUGUAAAAUUUUUGUUUAGAAGUUACAAAAAAUUCAAUCCCAAUACUAACUUAAUACUGAUACUAACUUUAUACCCAAUACUAACUUUAAAAUUUUACUAACUUUCAGUUAAUACUAACUUUAGUUUAGUUAAUACUAACUUUUAGUUAAUUUAAGAAUAUUAAAUCAACUAAACCAAAGUAAUUUACCAUAAAUUUGAAAAGCAAUAAAUUUAUUUGACCCCAAUAAUUUUUACUAAAAUUAUCCUUAACACCUUGACAUAUCAUUUCUUGGUAUAGAAAGGAUAUUUAAUUGCUCUGUAAACAACAACUCGUAACGGAACGUUGACAGAGAUGCCAACUGUUCGGGACACGCCGAAAUAAUUAAGAAAACGGUAAAUAACUACGAACUAAAUUUUGCAAAUAUUUGACUACUUUUGCUUGCUUUUUAAAAAGGUAUAGCGUGACAUAAUUACUAUAAAGUGGUGAAUUAUAUAAGUUGUUUAGAAAUAGUGGUGGAUAAAAAUCUACUAAAUUGAAUUUAUUAAACCAAGAAUCACAAAUGAUAAACUACCACUUGAAAAUAUUUAUUUGCUGUCCGGAGCAAGUUUGAAGCAUCUUUUCAUAUUUCGAUUGAGCCUUCAAAAAACAGCUUUAAAGCACGGAACUGUCAUAAAGGAUUGAGCUGCUUUCCCUGGUAUUUGCUGGAAGUUUCAGAUCCUUGGAUACUCAGGAAGUAAAGGUAGCCAAUGGGCAAAAUGCAGACCCUAUCACCACAUUUAUACUGCUAGUCCUGAAAGCUUUAACCUCUAAGACCUUUUAGCAGCCGACAAUUGACUGCCGGAAGAGGGCUUUUUUAAUUGAAUAUCAUCAUCUAUUGUAAUAAAUUUCAUGUCAUCCAAAUCCUAUUUUUUUUAAACAAUAUUAAAAAAUUGUUUUAUAAAAAAUUCUAAGAUCCUACUUGGUAAAUCACUGAAAGACAAUUUAAAAUAUAGAGAAAGUUGGUUUCAUUAUUUAAAAUAUUCAGUAAUUAAUCAUUUGACUAGGUAUUGAAAUUGAGUUUAUUUUUAAAAAAGGGGAAAAUAACUUUAAUAAUUUAUACAUGCUUUUAAUAUUUAUAAUAAGAAAUAAAAUGUAAUCAUUAUUCAAAUUAUUUUAAAGAGUCGGAUUCUUCGGGUCACCCCUAUAUCCCUAUUUUUUUCAGAACCCUGCCCCCUCCUUUCUUAAGUCAUACAUGGUCAGGCGAACAUACUAUAUUUUCUUUUCAUUUAAGUAUAAUCAAUUUUACUUAUCAGACCUGUAAAUAUGUGCAGAUCAACUCAUAGUUAAAUUUUCUGAAACAUUUUUGCUAAGUUGUAACAUAUUGUUUGUUUGUACAUUCGCUUCUUGCCAUUUUAAUAUUUGUAAUUAUUUCAAAACGUAAUGUGUAUUGAUGAUCUCUGUCUUGAGUUAACUGAUGAUGUCUGAAUGAAGUUGAUUUUUUUCCUUCUUGAA